AUGUCGGCAAGAGAAGUCGAAGAACUAAAAGAAUUGGCCGCUGAAAUAAGUGAGGCUUUCGAAAAACACAAAAAACGCAACAAGCAAUCACAACAUGCAGAAUAUAAACGUAAACGUCUACAAGAAUUGGCUAAACUUUGGUUAGAUUUCAACAACGCCGCUAAGGAAGUGGAAAGCAAGAUAACCAUCGACGACACUUAUUCCAAAAUGAAACAAAUGGUCACUGACAAUUAUAAUGCUUAUUAUACGGCCUUGACAAACAUCGUAUGCAACGAUGAUGAAGAAGAGGAUCAAUACGAAACGGAUGUGGACAUGCGAACGCAAUAUGGAAGAUUGGACGCCAUAGCAAGGCAAGUGGCAGACCUGAACAUGAAAAUCGCAACUGAAGGGUUGAACGCCAUAUCACCUCAAUACGCGACAAUCAAGGCGAAGAAAAUUGGCGACAUUUGGAAUCGGAUCGAGUUGGAACACGAAGGAUUGAUUGGAAAUGUGAAUGCGAUUUACAACCAAAGAUUCGAUGAACUGGAGAAAGAGGUAGAGACUGCUUUGGUAACUCUACAAGGACAACUCCAGCAAGAUCAGGGUGCAAAGGAUGGAGUCAAAUUGGGUCGGGUGACGAUUCCGAAAUUUGGAGGUGAUUAUUUCAAGUGGGUCACCUUCAGAGAUCUGUUCUCAACGAUGGUUUUGAAGAAUAAGCAACUGUCACAAAGCCAAAAGAUGCAGAUAUUGAAAACAAAUCUGACCGGAGAAGCAGAGGACCUUAUCGGAGACUUAACGAUCUCUGAAGUCAACAUGAGUUGUGCCUGGGAUCGCUUGACGAACCGGUAUGAAAACAACAAGGUGGUUGUUUAUAAAUUGUUGGACAAACUGAUGAAUCAACCAACACCAAGAAAUGAGGCCAAAUCUCUGAAAAAGAUGUUGGAUACAACGGAUCAAGCCAUUUUGGCUUUGAGCAAUUUGGGACGACCAACGGGACAUUGGGAUGAUUGGAUUGUGCUAUGCAUCUCACACAAGUUCCCUGAAAACGUUCAACGAGAAUGGGAAAAGCAUGUCGGAACAUUGGUUGCUUUACCCACGUGGACACAACUGAAAACGUUCAUGGAGGAACAAUACCGAAUCAUGGAACGCAUUGAAAGCAGCAAUCGCCGACCAGAGCAACAGAAAUCUGGUCAAUUGAAAUCGUACCAGACCUCGAUCAACUCGGCAAACUGUGCAGCCUGCAAGGAGGAACAUCAGCUAUUUUCCUGUGAAAAAUGGAAAAAAAUGGAGGUUAAAGAUCGCUGGACUUUGGCGAAAAGGAAUAAAUUGUGCUUCAACUGUCUUCGCCAGCAUGAAGAAAAAUUGAGUUGCGACAAGAAGAAGCCGUGUAAGAAAUGCGACAAGAAACACAGCACUUGGCUACACGAAGCAAGGAAGCAUAACGGUAAUCAAGCAGGAGAAGUAGUGGUCCUACAUUCCAGCUUGACACCAAGGGAAAUAUUGUUAGCCACAGCAGUGAUUGAAGUCACAACUGAGGAUGGGAAAAAAUGGAAAGUACGAGCUCUGGUCGAUUCAGGAUCCCAAGGAUCAAUGAUGACGAGAAGAGCUGCUGACAUUUUGCAACUACCAUUGACAAAUUCAGAAAUAGAAGUGACUGGUGUGGGCGGGGCAGCCACUGGUCAAACAAAGAGAGCAUCAAUAAAAAUUUCACCGAGAUUCAAAAGCAGUUGGAGUUUAGAGGUAGAUGUAUACAUUUUGAAAAAUUUGACUAAAAUGUUGCCAGAUCAAGACUACAACCCCAGCCAAUGGAAUCAUUUGAAAGGACUGACCUGGGCAGACCCUAAGUUCUACGCAAGGGGUAAUGUGGACAUUCUAUUGGGAAUGGACGUCAUUGUCGAAAUUAUGAAGUCAGGGUUCGUGAAGGGACAAGAAGGGCAACCAAUCGCACAGGAAACAAAAAUUGGAUGGAUAAUGUCCGGAAAAAUUGAUCGACAGUGGCAGUCGCAGGCCGUGAAAUGUUUGGUCAGUACAUUGGAUAAAAGGGAAGAAUGUGAAGAAAAAAUUGAUCUGACGAAAUUCUGGGAAAUCGAGGAAUUGCAUCCAGAACGAGAAAUGACGGCCGCAGAACAAGAAUGUGAAAAAUUUCUACACCAGCACCAUCAAAAGGAUACAGAUGGGAAAUAUAUAGCAAAAAUUCCAUUCAAAGCAGACAUGGGUCCAGAAACGUUGGGGAAUUCCAGAGGACAGUGCAUGGCUAGAUUCCUGCAGUUGGAAAAACGAUUCGCUCAGGAUCCAACAUUGAAAGAAGAGUACACCAAAGGUAAUUAG